AGAACAGACACAGUCAUCAGACCUCUACAGCCUGCAGGUUACCAGCUACCAUUGGCUAAGAUGCACUGAAAAGAAAUACCCAGACAAAAAGGUUGUUCACCUUGGCAACUCCUCUGUUUAGUCAUGCCCAUAGCAGAUCUGCUGGGUGUCCAGUUCGACAUGCAACUGCUGGGGAAGCUGACGUGUUCCGUGGCCGCUGUUCUGCUCAUCUCCUGGGCUUACAGAUUCUACAGCUCCAGGGGUACAGCAGCUAAACCCCAGCUCUAUGUGAGGCCUCCUCCAGACAGGCCCACUGAAGCACCCAUUGGAACCUGUCUGAACUGCAAGAUGGAACUGCGAGCUCCAACCACAGCCAAACAUGACACAAGAAGUGAUGGGGACAAACAGCCUGGCCACUCACAGAGUGAUGACCUGACACCUGACAAGAAUAAUACAGGGACAGGGGAAGGAAAAGUGACCCAGAUUGAAGAAGCAGGCAAGUUCACAAACACUAAGGAAAUGGCUGCAUUGCAGGAGGAAUCGAAUGUAGAGGAGGACAACAGCUUGGAGUUGGAGGAAGAUUUCCCCGUGUUUGUUGAGGAGGCUGAGAUUAAGACCAAUAAUUGUAUGUUUGGAUCCAUCUUGAAACUCCCUGAUCCUAAUGACAGUGGGCUGGCCAGCCCAUCAGGCCGUCGAUCCCCUUGCUUUCUGCAGAGGCUGGAGGGCAGUGUGGGGCUGGGUGUCGGCAGAGAGCUGCGGCAGGACCUGGGGCUUCAGGGGGCCUACUCCAGCUUUCUCUCCAAGGCAGAGAUCACAGUGGAGGAUGCCAACCUUGUGAUGGAAGGACCUGGGGACCAGAGCAUUGUGCGGGGAAAGAUCUAUGAAUACUUUGUGGAAUCUUCCUCGCACUCCAUCACAGACUCCAUAUUGGGUCAGUUUGAGGGGAAUUCACUGGACUCACAGUCUGUGAAAUUUGGAAGCCGUGGCAGCAGCCUCACUGAGCCUCCCUCGUCCCUAAGCCCCAUCAUCAUGCGUGAUCUGGUUUUGCCACAGAGUCCUGAUGAGAGGCCGUUCUCCCCAGUUAGUCCGGAGCCCACAUCUCCCAUCAAGCCGGGUCUCAUACGCAAGGAGAGCUACCUCACAGCGGCUGAACAUUCAGAACUCCUGAUCACCUCUCUGAUACCCAGAGCCUCGACCCAGCUGAGGCCCCACUCUCAGGCCUAUUCAUCAGGGGAUCCCAGCCCUGUCAGUCCCCUCAGUCCCACAACAGACACCAGGGGCCCCAGUGCAUGGGAGAAGCCCAGCCUAGAAACCAUAGCUGGGGCUAGAUUUGUAAAUCUGCCUCAAGAAAACAUGGGCAGCUCAGAGUUGGAGAGCUUAAAGGCCAAACUUGAUUUGGGCAACUGCAUGGAGGUGCUGGAGCAGUCUAAGAAGCAUGGGCAGGCCCCUCUGCAGCAGGCAGCCCUCAGAGUGAUGUCUGACAACUACCUCCAGGUCCUCAGGGACCCAGGUCUGUAUGGGAUGCUGAGAGCAGGCGAGCGGGAUGAGAUUCAGAAACAGCGCAUGAGAGGAAGGCAGUUCUUAGUGGCAGCCAACAUGGUCCCUCAGGACUGGGUGGGGAGUAGUCCUCAAGGGACAAAAACAGAGCAGCGAGCCACCAACAAGCCAUCCAGUGGUCUCUACUGCUAUGAUGAUUAUAUAGACAGCUGGCACCGAUUGUGUCCCAUCCCGCAGGAAGUCAUCUCCAAAGGCUGUGCCGUGUGCACUAUGGACAACUACUUAUUUGUAGCAGUGGGGGGCUGCCAGCAGGGCGCAGACAGAGAGAUGAAACCUUCCAAGAGAGUGUUCUGCUACAACCCUGUAACGUCCAUUUGGAAAGAGAUCAGUCCUAUGAAUGAGUCCAGGCCCCACUGCAAACUGGCAGCCCUGCAGGGCUACAUCUAUGCCAUCGGAGGGGAGUGUCUGUCUACCGUAGAGCGCUAUGACCCCCGCUCUGACAGAUGGACUUUUGUGGCCCCACUGCCCAAUGAUACAUUUGCUGUAGCCCAUCAUGUCACGGUGUGUAAUGGGGAACUCUUUGUUCUAGGGGGAACACUGAGAUACACACUGUUGCGCUACAACCCAAAAACCAAUGUGUGGAGGAAAAGCGCAAUAACGGGAAGCAAAAUGAGGACCACCGAGAUAGUGGGAGUAGGAAACUUUCUGUAUCGAUUUGAUGUCAACCCACAGCUAGGCAUCAGUGUGUACCGCUACCACACCGUGGCACGACUAUGGUAUGAAUGCUGCACCAAACGCCUCGCCCACUGCCCUGCCUUUCAGUGUGUUGUUGUGGACGACACCAUCUACUGCAUAUGCCACCAGUUCACCAUGAGGUUCCUGGCUGAUGAGAUCUCUCCGAGCUUCGUAGCGGAUGAUUUGAGUGUCCUCACUGCAGCUAAGGGCAUCCUUUUCCCCUUUGUACUCUCACUUCCUGAUAAGAAAGCUCUCCAGACCAGUGUGUGACCAGGAAUGAUUCUCCUCAGCACGGACAAGGAGAGAGCAGUGAGGGAGUAUCUCGUGUUUUUAUGCACCCAGGCCAUUUUCAUAGCUGAGCGUGUCCUACUGGGAAGCACAGCUGUCUUAAUCAGAGGCAAUGAAAGUAAAAUAUUAACGCCAUUAAUGGUAAUUAGACUACUGCUUGU